GGGGAGCGCGGGUUGAGCCUAGCCUAGCAAACUUGUGUCAGUUGAGAACCCUCCCUCGCCGCGCGCACACCAACGCAGACACGCACGCAGGGGAGCAUGGUGCGCUGACAGGACGCGACGCACCGACACGUUAACACAGUGCUAGAGAGGCCGCAGGAGGCAUGGGGCUGGCGGAGGUGCUGAGGCUGGUGUGUGUGGGGUGCCUGCUGGUGGUCGGCGCGCACCCCACCGACGCGAAGAGGAUCCCGCGCUGGUGGAUGAAGGUGGCGCAGCGGCAGGGGCCUAACGCGUGUGUCGUGGAGGAGGUACCGAACACGGGGCUGGAGUUCUGGACGGAAUGCAAGUACUGGCUCAACCGACGAGUGUGUGGACGCCGCACGAGGAUCAGAUUCGAGUGCUGUGAAGGAUUCGAGAGGAACGAGAACGAGAACGGCUGUACGCGAGUCAAGCCGCUCAUGAACCUUCUGGAGACGGCGGAGAGCUUGGGCGCCACCAAAUGGGCCCAGUACAUCAGGGACUCGGGCCUGGCGGGGGAGCUGGAGUCCGCGGCCGCCUACACCCUCUUCGCGCCCACCAACGAGGCCUUCGAGAACCUUCGCGGGUCACUACGGAGCCAAAUGGAGGCGUACCGCGGCAGCCCCAACAACCCCGUGCUGCUGUACCACCUGCUGCCCACCAAGCUGCUCAGCGACGACUUCCAGGCCGACAUGCUGGCCGAGACGAGGCACCAGGGGCACAGCGUCAGGAUCAACAAGUACUCCAACGGGAUGACGACGACCAACUGCGCGCUGCUCAUCCGUAAGGACCAGCACGCGACCAACGGCGUAGUGCACCUCAUCAGCAACAUCCUCGACCCCUCCAUCGGCACCCUGCAGAACGUGGCCGACAUGGUGCUCAACGACGGCCGCUUCACGGUGCUGGCUGACGUGCUGCAGCGGAGUGGCUACAUCAACGUGCUGCGGACCAUGCAGGGCUCCGUCACCGUGCUGGCGCCCUCCGACGAGGCCUUCCAGAAGCUCUCAGAGUCACGAAGGGAGAAGAUCAUCAACGACAGGGAGGCACGACUAGCCCUGAUCCAGAACCACGUCAUCCCCCACGUCAUCUGCGAGUCCGCGGUGACUGGGGAGCAUCGCGUGUCCACCGUCUCCAGGGACCGACUCACCUUCUCCUGUGACAUCUCAGGCACCUUCGUGGAGACAACCAAAAUGAGGGGCAACUUCAACCUGGGGCAGAACGGCAUCGUCCACAUGAUCGAUGACGUCCUGCUGCCUGAUAGAGCCAAGAACCUGCUGGAGCUGGCGGAGAGUCGUCAGUUGCACACCUUCGUCGACCUGGUGAAGAAGGCGGGGCUGGAGGAGACGCUCACCCACACCGGGGACUACACCUUCUUUGUGCCCGACGAGGCCGCCUGGUAUGCCCUCGACUCCCAGGUGCUGGAUGAGGCUCGGCGGGACCUGGACCUGGCUGGGCAGCUGGUCAGGUUCCACGGGGCGUACGGCCGACACCUGACCAACGCCAUCACCGACAACCAGGCCAUCAUGACGCUGAACGAGGAGGACCCGGUGCGCCUGCAAGUGUGGCGUCGCGGCCUGGGGGUGGAGGACGCGCGCAUCACCGAGCCCGACCUGGAGGCGCAGAACGGCGUCAUCCACAUCAUCAACAAGGUCAUCACGCCCUCCAACCAGAGCAUCGAUGACGUCCUCCGCUCUAUCCCCGGCCAGAGCUUCGAAACCUUCCUGGAGGCAGUGGGCCGCGUGUCGGAGGAGGGGGAGGAGGGCGCCCUGCUCAGCCUGGGUCCCGGCGACGAGAUGUUCUACACCUUCUUCGUCCCCAGCGACAGGGCCUUUACCAGGGUCAACCAGAACCUGCUGCGUCGCCUGCGGCAGGACGACGCCUACACGCGGGAGGUGGUGCGCCAACACGUGGCCGUCAACAUGUUCCCUGCCACAUCCUUCGAGAAGAACCUCGUCUACACGGUGAACGGCAUGGCGGCGCCCUUCGACAUCAAGAAGGCCCGGAACGACGUGCUCAAGGUGAACGGCGAGCAGGUGACCAGCUCUCACCUGUGUGCCAACGGUGUGAUCCACGUCAUCAACAAGGCCUUCAUGCCCGAGACCACCUACAGUACCUACGGUUACGGCGGCGGCUCCACGCGCAGGACCUACCAGCAGACGGUGACCUUCGCUGAGCGGUACAACGGCGUGAACCAGGAGCUCCCCGGCGUGCCCCAAGGUAGCGUUGAAUCCCAGACCUCCCGAGCCACCCGCAGGAGGACGACCAAGAGGAGGCGAGGGGGUUCCUUCCAACCCUCUUUCCCCUCCUCGACUACUUCACCUCCUCCGGCCGCCGCCACCCUCACCACCCCUCCCUCGCCCACCGAACAAGACGAGGUGGAUGAGACUCACCUCGAGGGCACGAGACUCGAGGCCACAGAGGACGAGGCUUCACUCAAUGCCCUUAGCGGGUUUCCAGGAGGCUCAAGGACUCCCUACGACGAGCCGGGGUCCUACAACGAACCGGGUCUCCGUGACGGCCUCAGUUUGGGGCAAAGACCACGCCAAGGAUCCCACUCCGACGAGGAAGGGUCCUACGUGUCCUCCUCCUAUAACCCCUCCACUACCUCCUCCACCACCUCCUCCUCCACCACCACCUCCUCCACCACCACCACUGCCUCCACCACCAUCCUAGGGUCCCGAGAUGAGGAGGAACAGUCCUUAGAUGGCCGUCGAAGGGAAGGUUCUUCCCCAUCUUCCUCUUCUUCCUCCUCCUCCUCUUCCCGUCGUCGCCCUCAUGACCCUGAUGUAGACGGCAGCGCCUCCCCAUCUUCCUCCUCUUCUUCCUCCUCCUCUUCUCGCCGUCGACCUUAUGACCCCGAUCUAGACGGCAGCGCCUCCCCAUCUUCCUCCUCUUCCUCCUCCUCCUCUUCUAGCCGUCGACCUCAUGACCCUGAUGUAGACGGCAGCCCCUCCCCAUCUUCCUCUUCUUCUUCCUCCUCCUCUUCCGGUCGUCGCCCUCAUGACCCUGAUGUAGACGGCAGCGCCUCCCCAUCUUCCUCUUCUUCCUCUUCCUCUUCCUCCUCUCGUCGUCGACCUUAUGACUCUGAUCUAGACGGCUCCUCCUCCCCAUCUUCCUCUUCUUCCUCCUCCUCUUCUUCCCGACGUCGUCCUUAUGACCCCGAUCUAGAUGGUAGUUCCUCCCCAUCUUCCUCUUCCUCUUCUUCCUCCUCCUCCUCCCGUCGCCGGCCUUAUAACCCUGAUGUAGAUAGGAGCUCUUCCCCAUCUUCCUCCUCUUCCUCUUCCCGUCGCCGCCGUCCUUAUAACUCUGAUGUAGAUGGUAGACCCUCCCCAUCAUCUUCCUCCUCCACUUCUCGCCGCCGUCCCGACAUCCCUGAUCCAGACGGAGGCUCCUCCCGAUCCUCCUCCUCUUCCACCUCUUCCCGCCGUCGUCCAAAUUAUCCUGCUGUUGAUGGUAGUUCUUCCUCCUCCUCCUCCUCCUCCACCUUCACAUCGCGUCGUUAUGGUGCUGAUUUAGACGCCGGCUCUUCCUCCUACAACGCCUCACUGUAUCCUUCCUCCUCCUCCUCCUCCUCCUCCUCUUCCUCCUCCUCUCGUCGCCGUGAUCCAGACUUGGACCGUGAGCCUUCCUCCUCCUCCUCCUCCAACUCUUUAAGCCACUCCAUCACCAGGACGAGGUUUGAGGCUCCUUCAGGCUCCCUCUCCCCAAUCCCUCGCGGCAGGCCCGGCGAAAUCUAUCCCACCCGCCAGUCUAGUCAGGCCGGGGCCACCUCCACCACCACCAGCACCAUCACCACCACCCACUCCACCGACCUACGGGGAGGCGUCACUAGUCUUGAGGAACCCACUACUAAUCUAAGGGAAUCAGAAACUACUCUAAGGGGAUCAGAAACUAUUUUGAGGGGAUCGGGAGGCUCAUUAAGGGGAUCAGAAACUACUCUAAGGGGAUCAGAAACAAGGGAAUCGGGAACUUCUCUCAGAGGAUCAGAGACUUCUCUAAGGGAAUCAGGAGGUUCUCUAAGGGGAUCAGAAACCAUUCUCAGGGGAUCAGAGGCUAACUCACGAGGUUACGGUAAUAACCUGAGGGGAUCCAGCACAUACGAAGGGGGCACUAGGCUGAGGACUGGCCCUGACGUAAGCGGAUCCAGCACCUAUGUUAGGGAGUCCAGCACCGUCAGCAGUACAGGUGGGUUCAGCAGUAGAGUUGAGGGAGCGGGAGUCUCUUCAAGGGGCUCCAGCACUGACAUAAGAGGGUCGAGUACUGAUAUAAGGGGAUCAGGCUCUGCUAUAAGGGGAUCAGGCACUGACUUAAGGGGGUCCAGUACCGUGGUAGGCGGGAGGAGCGGCGGCCUGGACACCCGCGCCGGGGGCAGCAGCCGCGGCCACGCCUCCUCGUCCCGGACCUACCGCUACCAGUACAGCAGCGGCGCCAGCGGCCUCGAGGGUCGCCAGGACCAGGACCUCUCCAGGCAGCCCUUCGGCCCCAGCACCUUCCCCUCCACUGUCACGCCGCCCCCGCGCCUUCCCCCGCCCGUCCUUAACAGCACAGGAACCCGCAAGGUGAGCUACGUUGGUCAUUCCUACGGCCAGGACGUCGUGGGCCACAACGAUCAGCUGACGCGGGUCACACGGCCCCCGCCCCUACCCUACCACCUCGGAACGGAGGGCCGCAGCGCUUACGGACAGGAGGUGACGGGUCUCCGUGCUCUUGGGGAAGGAGCUGGGAGCGUGCGGGCGCUGGAGGGGGUGGACGUGGGCGGUGAGGGCUUGGGUCAGAGCGUGUACAAAUACAGCAAGACUUCCCACGUGCAGCACGUGCAGGGCCCCACCGAGGUGCUCCCCGUCACCAGCCUGCACAGCGCCAGCAGCGGCCGCAGCACCACGACCAUCGGCAGCGUGCGGCGGAGUCACCGGCGCCUCAACAUCACCAAGACCUCGUACACGUACUCCGUGCCGGUGCUGCACCCCCGCCUCACGCCGCCCAUCCGCUCCGCCGAUAACAAACUUGGUUCCUUGUCUCCCGUUUCAGCCUACGCCUUCACAGGGGACGAGGACAUGUACGCUGACGGCACAGAGUUCGCCGAGGUGAAGGGCCUCGGCGUGGAGAACGUCACGAAACAGGAAGCUCGAGCGCUGCGCCGACGCUUCCGGAAAAAGCGGCACCACAAGCGGCGGGGCGGCAAGGGUCGGCGGCGGCAGGGGCCGAGGCAGGAGGAACCAGACCUCCAAGCAGACCGACGCCCCCGAGGAGUAGCCGCGGCGCCCCAGGAGGCAGCACACCGCAGGGCCUCCCCGUUCACCCUUCCGCCGUACCACCCAUCCGCCCACCUACCCCCUAUCGGCGCUACAUGCUUGCUCCAUCCAGCCCCCCGCCCCCCGCCCCGCCUCCCGCACCCACUGCCACUCCUCUGCUGUGAGAAAUGAAGGGAACAGACGAACCUAUUGUUAGCUGUUUACAGUGUAUUAGUACCCCACAGAAGAUAGACGCACAUUAUAUUUUAUACGUUGAAAGCUUUAGAGAAGUUACUAUAUAUAUUACUAUAUGUUAUUAUUAUUAUUAUUAUUAUUAUUAUUAUUAUUAUUAUUAUUAUUAUUAUUAUUAUUAUUAUUAUUAUUAUUAUUAUUAUUAUUAUUAUUAUUAUUAUAAUAUUCGUCAUUAUUACUACGAUUCUUCGGGGAGCUGCCGCCGUAGCUGCAGGAGCUCCUUCCUCCCUCGAGUCGCUGCCGCCCUCCGGUACACAGUUCGGCUGACUUACGCAGUACCUCAGUUCGCCAAUGUUGUUGUCGUUGUUUACUCUGCGGACGAGAGCGAGAGUAGACGCCGUGCCCCGCCGCGGGUGUCCCCAGGGGCCGCCUCUAUAAUGGUGCUUUAGUUAUAAGGCUGUAACGCCCUAACACCUUUUAUGUUUACUCUCCAUAUUUAUCCUAAUAAAAGUUUUGGGGGAAGGUC